AUGAUUCCAGAAUUAACACCAGAAGAAUGGCUUAAAGAGGCAGUUAAAGAUGGUUUUAUUAUAAAAUAUGAGUUUAGUGAGUUUAGUGAAAUAGAAGUUGUUGGCACGGGUGCAACUGGCUUGGUUCACCGAGCCUUCUUAAGAAAAUUACAAAAUAAUGUUGCUUUAAAAUCUUUUGAUUUUUCAGAGAAAUUUACUAAUAAAGAAUUUGUAAAUGAGCUAAAACUACAUAAUAAAGCUCAAAGCCACGAAAAUAUUAUAAACUUUUAUGGACUAACCAAAAGGCCUGGAGCUUCAACUUAUACCCUUGUUUUAGAAUUUGCUAAUAAUGGAACUUUAAAAGAGUAUUUAAGAGAAAAUAAAGAAAACUCAGAAUUUGAUUGGAAACAAAAAAUAAAACUUGCUAAACAAUUAGCAGAUGCAAUUAGUUUUUUACAUCGUAAUAAUAUUGUACAUAGAGACUUGAAAUCAGAUAAUGUUUUAGUGAGUGAUGGAAACAUUAAGUUAUCAGAUUUUGGUAUUUCAAGAAGGUUAACAGAAUCUACAAAUUUGUUAACAAGAGCUUUUGGAUCAGCUAGAUAUUCAGAUCCAGAACAUUUACGAAAUCCUGAAGGUUUCAGCAGAACAGAAAAGUCUGAUGUUUAUGGACUAGGAAUGUUACUUUGGGAAAUUUCAAGUGGAACAACUCCAUAUAAAAGUUUCAACACUGUGAAUUUAUUCCACCUUAUAGCAAAUAAACAUUACCGUGAAAUACCAGUAAAAGGGUCACCUAAAAAAUAUGUACAACUAUAUCAAAGAUGUUGGCAAAAUGAUCCUAAGAGCCGACCAGAUGCCAAGAAAGUUUUAGAUACGCUGAUAAAUUUUACUGAACAAGAUUAUGAAGAUGUUAUAGAUUCUUGUCGAGCCCCAUCAACUUAUAAGCAUUUAGAAUUAAGCUCAAUAAAAUUUGAUGAUGAAUUAACUGAUCGACUCCCAUAUCCAAUUUAUGCUGAAAAUACAGGGAUACUAUCAGAUAAUUCACCAACACCAUCAAUAACCCUUUCAUCCCCCCGAAAAUCAUUGUCAUCAUCUUCUUCAGAUGAAAGUGAAUCACUAAGAUCACCAGUACCAGAUAAUAAUAAUAUUGGACAUAUCAACAAUUUUCCAAUUUUAUAUCCUUAUGAUGAUGGACAGUUCAAUAUGAAUGAUUUUAUAGAUCAAAUGAAAUAUGAAGCAAGAAGAUUUAAUAAUAUGUUAUUAAACAGACUCAUUAAUCUAACAACUAUUAAAGAAGAUGUUGGAAUAAUUAUUGAGGAUUUAAAAAAAACUAUGUUACUAACAAGUCGAAAUCCAGAAUUGGUGUAUAAAAGUUUACAAGAAGAUUUUUCAAGAUAUUCAUGUUUAAUUGGGUUUUUUGAUGAAUUUGGUAUAGGAACAGAAAUUAAUGAAUUAAAAGCAUUAAGAAUAUACUUGCAAGAAUCACAAAGUCAUGGACCAAUUAGUGUUAUUCCACAAUUAUAUUUAGUAAGAUUUCUUGAAAAAAAUUCAGAUGGUGAUACUAAUAAAGAAGGGAACAAAGAUCAAAAUGUUAAAUCACAAUCACAAUGGUUUUCAAGAAUAACAUCAUUAAUGUAUGGCAGUACAUAUUUAGAAUAUGUUCAACAGCUAGAUAAAAGAAAAAUAUUUGAAUUAUUUGAAGAAUUUGCAAAUGAAGGUAACAAUUGGGGAUUAUAUAGCGUUGCCUGGUGUUACUUAAGAGGAAUUGGUGUAGAUAAAAAUGAAAAAAAGGCUUUAAGGAUUUUCUUAGAAGCUGCUGAUAAGCAAAACCCUCUUGCUCAAUUUCAACUUUCAAUGCUUUAUACAAAAGGAAUUGGAACUAAUAUUAAUAUACCAGAAGCUGAAAAAUGGAUGAAACAAGCAGAAAAACAAAACAAUCCCAUCUCAACACCUUAUAUUCAAAAAUUUAUUAGUGUAAUAUCUAAUAAUAACUAG